AUGUUCUCACCAGAGACCCUCGCAAUAAACAGGAAUGGGAUCUCGUUACUGUUCGGAAAUCAUGCGAAAUGGAGCGUCCCUCCGCGCUUCUACUUCAUCUAUACUGAAGCCUCGGUCGGCAAAAACGCUAGCCGCUUAGAUCCUCUGCUUAAAGACGACGACCAGACGCGUGAUCAAGUUGUUGUGCUCAUGGCUUCCGACUGGCUACAAGCUUUAGCAUAG